GUGCGUUUGAUUGUUGCAGGGUUCAAUGGCGGACAGAGCAGGAUAGUCGCAUUAGCACCGAGGACAAUAACAUCUCGACACUGUAAACUGCCGGCGUGACUCGGUCCACCGCUGCGUGCCCGCGGGUGCAACGGGUGAGACGAGCUCUCUUGUGCGCGAACGCUGAACACGAAGCCGUUGUGGUUGUUUCCUGCUCGUCUUCUGCCGUUCUUGAGUUCCCAUCCCAGGCGGAGAAGUUACUCUGUUCAUGGUGGCUCACUAAAGGCAGCUAGCUUGCGAGCGAACCAUGGGGGACUCUCUCGAAUUGAUAGGGAAGCGUCUGCUUUUGCUCCUCGACGACGGCAGGUCCGCGAAUGGAUCCGAGCCGGAACAGGCUGCCUGGGCCCGGGACUGGCUCCGGGGGACGGUGCGGGCAGUGAGCGUUAUCGGCCUGGCCGCCCCGGAGGUUAGCGAAGGAGAGGCUACAACAACAAGCACUGCUGCAGGGCUGACGGUAUUUGUGGAGUUUGAGAAUGCUUCACAGCGUUGUUCCUGGGUGCAGGUGUACGAUAAAGGGGUGAAAGCCGUGUUGGUAGAAGACUCCAUUGUUUGGGCAAAUCGGAGCGAUGGCACUGGGACUACUGGAGCCCCAGCAUCAGCCACUGCCUGGCCCGCUCUGGCCUUCCGCUCCCUAGUGGAUAGAGUGGGGUUAGGAUCGCUGGUUCCUGUAGAGUAUUUUGGAAACAAGAAUUUUGAGUUCCUACCUGAUAACAAAACUGUCCAGAGGUUUGAGGUUGAUAAAGACAUAAGACACCCUUUGCUGUUGGAGCACCCCUCCCUGCAGGCUGCCAUCUCCAGCUGGCGUACUGACUUUGAACUGCAAGAGAUCUUCAGGAAGGGUUCGUACACUAUUCAAGGACGCAGGGUUCGUGUGUACCAGCCAGAGUUUGAGGAGUGCUGGGCCUCUGGACUGGUCUCACAGCAUGACCCUAUCUCACACAUUAUGGAGAUAACCUUGGAUAAGGGGGAAGAAAAUCAAAUAGUAGAUCCUCGUGUGAUACAUGUCAUGCUGGCAGAGGAGGAGCUUGGUAAGAAUGGGCGACGAAGGAAGGACAGUGAAACAAUGAAGGGAGAUAGUGGACGUAGACGUAGGACUGCCUCCGAAGGUGAGGAUGACUUGAACUUGAAACGUUUUAAGGGAGCAGGAGAUGCGGGAGCUGAUGCACAAAACUGUGGCGACUCCAACAAAACCCCAGUGGAAGGGAUGGGGAUCUGGGUUGGAGACUCUGGCGAAAGAGUCAGCAGCACAAUCAAAAACGGAAGCUCUUCAGAGGGAACCUUUCCUCAAGGCAGAGUGUCGUCCCCUAACACCAAUUCCUCACUCCAGAUGGACCAAUCAAACGCUACUCCUCGUUAUCCAGCCCACGUCAAAGAAAAUGGUCGCUCACUCUCUACACAGGGGGCAGCGGACUCCACCACCACCAUAACUCACACCCCCACACCUCCUCCCCUCAAACCAGCUCCCUCUCCAUUCUCCACCACAUCUUUCCCUUCACUAGGCCAGAUGCCAAGCCUAGUGCCUGGUGCUCCUGCCCCCAAGGCCUCCCCAUCCCCCCAGCCAGACCGAGAGGAGGCCUCCCAGUCAGCCUUUUCCAAAACGGCUGCCCUUGUUUCCCCGGGCCCUGUCACCAUUUCUUGGUCACAUGACAGUGGCCCUAGUGUGGCACUUUCUGCCUCUGUGGGUUUUAGUCCUAAAGCCCCAACCUGGGGAAGCCAGACUGAGGGCUCUAAAACUGCCUUGGGUUUUCGUUUGCCCCAGGCUGCACCCGCUGCUCCUGUAUUUGGAGAUGUUACCUCACAGACCAAUGGAGCUCCUACCACUACCACAACCUCCCAGGACACUCCCAGGCCUUUUGGCUUUGGCUUUGGCGGAGCUAAGAAUGAGACUCAAUCUCAGCAAGACCAGAACUUGUUUUUCCAGUGUAUGAACCAGAAUUCUGGCUCUGGCCCAAGCCUAACUGCUGGUCAGACCCAAUCCAAGGACACCAAUUACUUCACCGCAGUAUCUGAGAGCCUGAGUAAAGAGCCCCCAAGCCUUUUCAAGCCUGCAGCCUCCACUGAAGGGCUGAAAAAGCCUGAUCAGCCCAAAGUGCCUGAGACCCAUCCAACGGGAAAUGGUGUGCUCAACAAAUCGUCAUCAGCCUUCCAGGGCAUGAGUGGCUCUGCAGUUGGAAGAGGCUCUGGUAUUGGUGGUCUGACUGCCCCCUCUGGAGCCCAAAGUACUUCUAAGAAGAGCAGUAAUAAUGGAACUUCUACGGGGGGCUUAGGGCUUCAGUCUGGUUUUAAUACUUCAGAUAGCCACCAGAAUCUUUUUCUGCAAGCCUCCAAAGAGCCUACUAAUCCAUUUCUGGCAUAUGGGGACAAAACCUCCCACACACCGUUUGCUGGACUCAGUGGGGCUGAGCCACAGACCCUAGGUCCUGCUUCAGACAGCAAACCAAACCUCUUCACUAUGGCAGAGCCUCCUAAGGGAAUUCUGUCUUCCCCUUUCCCAGCACUCACAGCAGCUGCUUCACCCAGCUCUUCCUCCUCUCCAGCAUCGGCCUCAUCUCAGAAGCCACAGAGUGAAGGGGCUGUGACAAAGGAGGAGAAGGAGGUUGGGGAGAUGCCAACAUCCACGUCAGGCUGUCCCAUGUUUGGAGGCACUGGCCCUGGUGGAAUGGAGGAAGUACCUGUGUCCUUUGACCAGAGCCAGUCUCAGAAGUUUACCCUGGAGGAAAGAGGCCAGUCGUCCAAACGCGACUCUGACUCCAGCAGCAACAGUGACCUGUCAGACCUGAGUGAGAAUGAGGAGGGCCCAGAGAAAGGCCAAGUCACAGGGGGGCCACCACACGCUGCCCAGGAUGGGGCAUUGUUGCAGAAAACUAAGGUCCAAGGGGCUUCUAAGAGCCGUCCACGUAACAAGCCUUUCAAAGUGGGCCAGUCUGUGUUAAAAGACCAGAGCAAGGUGCGUCGUUUGAAGCAGUCUGGUGAGUCCUUUCUCCAGGAUGGUUCCUGCAUCAAUGUUGCCCCUCACUUGCACAAGUGCCGUGAGUGCCGCCUGGAGCGUUACCGUAAAUAUCGGAAUACAGACGAAGACAGUGAUGACGACGACGACCCAAAUGUAGCCUGUCGUUUCUUCCACUUCAGAAGGUUGGCUUUCACUCGUAAAGGUGUACUGCGUGUGGAAGGCUUCCUGAGUCCUCAGCAGAGUGAUUCCAUGGCAAUGGGUCUGUGGCUUCCUGCACCAGCUGUCCAAGAGGGGCUUGACCUCGAUACAUCCAAGUACAUCUUGGCCAAUGUGGGAGACCAGUUCUGCCAGCUGGUCAUGUCUGAGAAGGAAGCCAUGAUGAUGGUGGAACCUCACCAGAAAGUGGCGUGGAAACGUGCUGUACGAGGUGUCAGGGAAAUGUGCGACGUGUGUGAGACCACCCUGUUUAACAUCCACUGGGUGUGUCGCAAGUGUGGCUUUGGAGUGUGUUUGGACUGCUAUCGGCUCCGCAGGAACAGGCCAAGGGAGGAUGUAGAUGAAGGUCCAGAGGAUGAGGUUUUUUCUUGGUUGAAGUGUGCCAAAGGUCAACCUCAUGAGCCACAGAACCUCAUGCCUACGCAGAUUAUACCUGGGACAGCUCUUUACAACAUAGGGGACAUGGUGCAUUCGGCAAGAGGCAAAUGGGGUAUUAAGGCCAAUUGUCCCUGUGCCAGUCGACACACCAAGCCUCUUGUGCGCCCUAGUGCUCCCAAUGGGAUCUCACAGCAGUCUACAACAAGUGGUGGUGGUGGUCUUGCAGCUGCGGCUUCUGGUGUUGGCACCAUGCCAAAAUCAGAAGGAGAAACGUCAGCGAUCAAAACAGAAACGACACAAACGGCAGCAGCAUCAGACAGUGGCGGAGGGGAAAAUGUGAGUAGUACUAGUAACUCCGCCAGCGGUACAUCCUCCCCCUGUAACCUCACCCAGUCCUCUGCCAAGGAGUCGCGCUCAUCGGGAGAGGGCAACAGCUCUGCGCUGCACUGGCUGGCAGACUUGGCCACACAGAAAGCCAAGGAUGACACCAAGGAGUCUGGUUCACUUCGCUCCAUGAUGAGUCGAGACAGCCGGCCUCCCUUUGGCCUGGACUCACUCAGUGCCCUGUCAAAGCCUUCUGCUUCUAGCCCUAAGCUAUUUAACAGCCUGUUACUGGGCUCCAGCAUGGCCCAGUCCAAACCUGAAGGGUCCAGUCUUCGGGAUCUUCUCAACUCCGGACCUGGCAAACUCCCCCAGGGCCCUGGAGAGAGUGGGGUACCAUUCCCCUCCGUAUUUACCUCAGCAGGCAGUGACAAGCUGAAGAGCAGCCUCCCAAACUUCCUGGAUCACAUCAUUGCAUCGGUUGUGGAGACCAAGAAGGCAGAAGGCCGUCGCACAGGGGCCUCUGAAGGUGGCGAGCUCGGUGUGUUGGGGGGACGCAAAGAUGGAGUAAUGGGCCUUAGCGUUUUAGAACCACAUACCUCACACUCCUGGCUCUGUGACGGACGACUCCUCUGCCUACAGGAUCCUAGCAACAGCAACAACUGGAAGAUCUUCAGAGAGUGCUGGAAGCAGGGACAACCUGUGUUGGUGUCAGGGAUACAUAAACGUCUGAAAGCUAAUUUGUGGCGACCCGAAGCCUUCAGUGAGGAGUUUGGAGACCAGGAUGUAGACCUGGUCAACUGUAGAAACUGUGCUAUCAUCUCAGAUGUGAAGGUCCGAGAUUUCUGGGAUGGCUUCCAGGUCAUUUCCAAGCGACUUCAAGAUGGUGACGGCCAGCCAAUGGUGUUAAAGUUAAAGGAUUGGCCUCCAGGUGAAGACUUCAGGGACAUGAUGCCCACACGGUUUGACGAUCUGAUGGAUAACCUCCCCUUACCUGAGUACACAAAAAGAGACGGUCGUCUAAACCUUGCCGCACGUCUGCCUAACUUUUUUGUGCGUCCUGACCUCGGUCCUAAGAUGUACAAUGCCUAUGGCUUAAUCUCGACUGAAGACAGGAAGGUGGGAACCACUAACCUCCAUCUGGAUGUAUCUGAUGCCGUCAACGUCAUGGUCUAUGUUGGCAUCCCUCAAGGAGACGGAGACCAGGAGCAAGAGGCAGAUAUCACUGGACGCAAAGAGGUCAUGACCACCAUCGAGGAGGGCGAUGUGGAUGAAAUGACGAAGCGGAGGGUGUACGAGGGGCAGGAGAAACCUGGAGCACUCUGGCACAUUUACGCUGCCAAGGAUGCUGAGAAGAUCAGGGAACUGCUCCGCAAGGUGGGAGAGGAGCAGGGUCAAGAAAACCCCCCAGACCAUGACCCCAUUCAUGACCAGAGCUGGUACCUGGACCAGGUGCUCCGCCGUAGGCUCUAUGAAGAAUAUGGCGUCCAGGGCUGGGCCAUUGUACAGUUCUUAGGAGAUGCCGUGUUCAUUCCUGCGGGAGCUCCACACCAGGUGCACAACCUGUACAGCUGUAUCAAGGUGGCUGAGGACUUUGUGUCUCCUGAACAUGUGAGGCACUGUUUCAGACUAACCCAGGAGUUCAGACACCUGUCCACUACUCAUACAAACCACGAAGACAAGCUACAGGUGAAGAACAUCAUCUAUCACGCAGUGAAGGAUGCCGUUGGGACACUGAAGGCCCAUGAACCUAAACUAGCACGCCCUUAGUUCCUCUCACUUAACGCUGUCCCAAGACAACCAGCCUCUGAAGACCACUCCACUACGUACACACACACACACACAGUAUACAUGGCAUACCUACAUACACAUGUACAAGCUGCAGAUUGCAGAGUACAAAGAGGGAGUGUAGGUGUUUUUUUGGGGGCAGUCAAGAUUUGUUUUUUCGGGAAAGAGAACAUUUGAUAUGGGGAGGGAUUAGACUGGGAGGGGCUAGUCAGCGCUUUGAUGAAGGAAGUCCUUUAUCGCUGUUACACAGUACGCUCAAAGUUGUCUAGUUGUUUUCCUUUUUUAAAAUUUUUAUUUUAUUUUAUUAUUUUUUUUGAUUAACUCUGUAUUUAAGGUCAGUGUGUUUGUUCUGUUGUUCUCAUUCUAUAUGUAUGAUGUGAGAGUAAGGGAGGUAAAAGCUGACGUGCCUUUGGAGCAGAGGUUCAGCUAUCAUAUAAGCGACUGACAAAAUGUGAGUACUGGGCUAACUUUCCUACUUUGAUGACGUUGAUAUUAUUUUUUCUUCAAUAGGAGCGAGGUUAACCUGUUUUUGUAGAUUUUUUUUGUUGUUGUUGGAGUUUUUAAACAGCUGAUUGCUUCUGCCCUCUGUGGCUGAAAUGAAUUUGAAAAGCAGCCAGUGAAGGGAAGCAGACCAAAGUUUUGUAUUUUUAGUUUUCUUAUUUCAGUUUUAGAGUAAGAAGUCAUUUCUUUUUAUACACCACAAGGUAAUGAUGAGAAGGACUUCAGAGAGGGCAGUUUUUUUUUUUUUGUUUUUUUUUUUUUAAGUCAUGGGUUUGGUCACCUAUCUUUGUCCCAUGGGCUGAAUGACCUGAAGACUUCCAACAACAUUGUUCAAGAAUCACAACUGCAGCUGAACAGAACUACUGGCCAUUAACAUUGUAUCAAUAUAUAUAUUGAUCUUAGCAGUCUGUUUGAUUUUUCACAAUAAAGUUUACAAAAAUUA